ACACAUGUGUAUCGCCUGUGCUCCUGUUCUUGGUCGUGGACCGCGCCUCAGGCUCGUUAUGGCUGUGGACCGCGCCUCUGGCUCGCCCUGGCUGUGGACCUCGUCCUGGCCGUGGACCGCGCCUCUGGCUCGCCCUGGCUCGCCCUGGCCGUGGACCUCGUCCUGGCCGUGGACCACGCCUCUGGAUCGUCCUGGCCGAGGUCUCUGACACAACGGAUCUCCUUCUAAAUUCAUCAUUAAAUUUUUCCUACGGCAACGACUAUGAAGAUGAAAUCUGUGAAAAAGACGAUGUGGUCAAGUUUGGAUCACUUGUCACUCCUGUUUUCUUCUCUGUUGUGAUCGCACUGAGUGUCACAGGAAACAUCCUUGUCCUGGUGAUCCUGGCGUUGUAUGAAAGCCUUAAAUCAUUAACCAACAUCUUCAUCCUCAACUUGGCGAUCUCUGACCUGGUUUUCACCGUGGGUCUUCCCUUCUGGGUCUACUACCACGUCAGGGGGUGGCUGCUCCCAGAGAUUCUCUGCAAGAUUGUGAAUUUUGUUUUUUAUACUGGAUUUUACAGCAGCAUCCUGUGCCUGACCUCCAUGACCAUUUACAGGUACAUGGUCGUGGUGUGUCCGCUCACUGACCGAUGCCGACCAAAACUCAGCACUGGGAUUUUCCUCUCUUUUCUCAUGUGGACCAUCAGCAUAGCAGGAGCCAUGCCCUCCCUGCUCCAGACCUCCAUCACUGAAAUCCACCUCACAGAUGGACACUCUGCGGGCUGUGAAUACAGCUCUGAAUGGUGGAAGAACGCGUCCACCUACCAGCAAAACCUCUUCUUCGUGUUCGCCUUCGCAGUGAUGGCCUUCUGCUACAUUCAGAUCCUACAGAAAAUCAGAAGGACCAGAUCUCGCACGAAGAGCCGAGCGGUCAGGUUGGUCUUCUGCAUCGUGACGGUGUUCUUCGUGGGCUGGGUGCCCUACAACGUGGUCAUCUUUUUGAGGGUUUUGGUUCCUACACUGCCCAAAAUAUCAGAAGAUUGUGACCAAAGCAAAGAGCUGGACUACGCUUUCUACGUGUGCCGGCUCGUCGCCUUCUCUCACUGCUGCCUCAACCCCGUCUUGUAUGUGUUUGUUGGGGUCAAAUUUCGGAGCCAUUUAAAGUCGAUACUGCAGAAAGGCUUCAAGAGGGAAAGUCCGGUCGAGGAACAACAAGUUAAAACCCAAAACUUCAUCUCACAAGGCUCCAUGUACUGAACGGGAACUCCUUCUGUCGUCUCUUCCUGACUUCUCUGACAGUAAACUCUGUAUUCUCGUGUGAACAGAAACUACUUCUUAUCAAAUCCUUUUUUAACAAACUGUUUUUGAUAUUAAUGGAAGAAACUUUCUGUAUUUAUUGUAUUUAUAACAGUUUUGUAAAUGUAUUGGUAUGAAACAUUUUAAAAAAACAUUUAAAUUUGCAUUUAAAUCAAAACAAUCUGUUGAAAUUAAAGUGUAUAAAGAUAAAUUAUAUUAACUCUAGUUUCCGCUCUAAGAAAUGAAAACAUAAUUUAGUGAUUUAAAGACUGAACUUUGCUAUAGCAUUUAUUGUAAA